AUGCUUGAAAUUGCAAAUUGCAAAACCAUUCUUAACUGCACUGCAGAUUCUACGGAUUACUCAAACAUCACAUCUCUGGCCAAAUUUCAUCAUAACGAUAUCAGCUAUAAUGAAUUCUUCAGUGAUUACAUGCUGAAGAAUAUUCCAGUAAUCAUAGGCUCUGCAUCUGAUGGCUGGAAUUGCAACAAGUGGACGAAGAGUGACUCGAUGAAAAUAAAUUUUCAUCAAUUAAGGGAAGAAAUACCGAACAUUUCAGUUCCUGUUGCAAAUUGCUCAAAGCAAUACUUCAAUUCUCACGAAAAGGUGGACAUGGAGUUCCAUGACUUCCUCAAUUACUGGGAAAAUGAGCAAAAAGAGAGUCUCUUGUAUCUUAAAGAUUGGCAUUUGCGGAAAGAAAGGCCUCAAUAUGAUUUUUACACCACGCCCAAGUUCUUUGCUUCGGACUGGCUGAACGAAGUGCUCUGUGACGAAGGGAAGGAUGACUACAAAUUUGUCUACAUGGGACCGAAGGGCACAUGGACAUCCUUCCACUGUGAUGUGUUCUCAUCCUUCAGCUGGUCAACUAACAUUGUCGGCCAGAAACAGUGGAUAUUUCUGCCGCCCGGAGAAGAAGAGAAGCUAAAGGAUAAGCUGGGAAAUCUUCCCUUUACUAUUUCAACAGACAAACUUGAGGAAAAUGGAGUAAAACACUUCGUGGUGAGGCAAAAUCCAGGAGAGGCGAUCUUCGUCCCAACUGGAUGGUUCCAUCAAGUGCUCAAUCUCGAAGAUACAAUUUCUGUCAAUCACAACUGGUUCAAUGGUACGCAAAUUGAUUCAAUUUGGGAAGCUCUCGAAAGCAAUCUGAAGCUGGUUGAGAAGGAGAUUGAGGAUUGCAGAGAUAUGGAGAAUUUCGAUGAGCAUUGUCAAGUUCUGUUGAAAGCCAGCUAUGGAAUGAAUAUUCAGGACUUUGUUGGUCUGCUUGGGAAGAUUGCGCAGAAAUCUCUUGACAAGAGUCGCUGUUUCGAUGAAUUUACAUUCGGUGAUAAUCAUUUGGCUUUCGACUUGGACAGGAUCAAUCACAUUCUAACGAGAAUGAUGAAGAGUAACUUGCUGAAGGAAGAGAAUACUAAAGAAACUAUUAAAACUAUUAAGGAAGACAUUGAAAUGCAGAGUAGAUAA